UUCUUGCGCAAAAUAUCGAUUUGACAGUCAACUCAAAAAAAUCGGUAAAAGUAAAAGUUUUCUUUUCUUAAAAGUUCUUCCAUAAAAAUCUUACGAUUUCCGAAAUUGUGAGUCAAUAAACUGAUUAAAAACCAUACAAAACCAAGCUCCAUACAUUAGAGAAUGUAUAAAAUGUACUUUUAACAAUUGGAAUCCGUUUGUUGACCAUGGAAAUUCCAAUACAAGUUGCCGUCCGGAUAUACCCAUGCCUAACCGAAGCAGAAGCUCCACCAUGCGUCCAAUCCAUACCGAUGAGCAUGGGACCGAACAGUGCCAUUGGUGGCAUAGCCACGGGUGUUAUCCAAGUCGGACCACACUCCUUCCCGGUGACCCAUUCGUUGCCAGUCGAUUGUUCACAGGCCCAGAUAUACCAUCAGACUGUCUAUCCACUGAUGGCGUUGUUUCUCGAAGGAUUCGACGCUUCUGUGGUCACAUACGGCCAGCGAGGAACUGGUAAGACUUACACCUUGUUUGGCCGGGGUCUAGAUUGCGUGUAUGGAGAGGCGGAGCAAGGACUAGUCCAGAGAUGCGUUCGGGAAAUCUUUGCCCAGAUGGCCAACCAUCAAGAGCGCACAUUUGCCAUCAAUGUUGGAUGGGUCGAGAUAGUUCGCGAUGAAAUAAGAGACCUGCUCGAAGCAGGCAAUGUCUCCUGCUCGAGCAUCAGCGAAGUUUUCCACUGGGUUGAAGUUGGUCUGAAUAAUCGCAGUGACACGGCCGACACACUCAACCACAGUCUGUUUACGAUUACCCUGGAGCAACAAUGGGUCUCGAAGGAAGGUCUCAUCCAGCACCGCCUAUCGACGGCGAGUUUCAGCGAUCUCUGCGGCACAGAACGGAUGUUCAUGCUCAAUAGCAUGGAUCAGCACACCAGUAUUCCCAAGGAUCUGGGUUUGCAAUCAUUGGAGAGGAUCGUCACCACACUCACCGAUCCGGUGUUGAUGUACAAUGGAACUGGCAAUGUGGCUUACAAUCAAACCACCCUCACGACUCUGCUGAAGGAUUCGUUUGGGGGGAGGGCUCAAACGCUGGUGAUUCUAUGCGUUUCACCUCUGGAGAGGGAUGUCAACGAGACUAUUUACAAUUUGCAGUUUGCCUUCAAGGUUCAGUGUGUGAGGAAUUAUGUUGUGAUGAACACAUUCUCAGACAACAACACUCCACUGUCGCCUGAAGGUGGACCCAAUCGCAUGAGCACAAAUCCGAAUGACACGUUUGGACUGCAAUUUGCCGCCUCACAGUGGUUCAAAUUGGUCUCGAAUGCUGAGGGAUUGUUUUCUAAGCUAAUGUCAACAAAUGCAAUAACCGAAUUGGAAAAAGAACAAAUUGAAGAAUGGCUCUUUCUCAAACAAGAAUGCGAAGAAUGCCUUAGUUCCAGUGAAGUAGUUCGUUCUCAAAAGCAAUUGGGUCCUAUUCAGGAAGCUGAUGAACCCGAGGAAACUGUCAGCGAACCAGAAACUUCAUGUCAACAGAAUUCAGAUAACGAAAGUGAUUCUGAAUCGCAACGACCUGAUCUCGUAGAAAAAUUGGAAUCCCUAAUGGAUGAGUUGAAGAUUAAGACUGAUACUCUAGUGAAUGACAAAUAUAAAGAAUUCAUUAAGAACCAGCCAAAGGCGGUUAUGGAAAGCAAUGACAGCUUUAAGCAAGAGGAACGUAGAGCGUCCUCAUCGGUUGGAGGUCGUCGUCGUUCAAUACAACCGGGAGCAUCCCUUAGCAGUGCUGAAAUCGCAAUGCUCAAUCGAGUUGCAUCCCGUGAACAAAUCACAAAAUCCCAAGAUGACUUCCUCGAUAGUUCUACUGAUCUCAAUCACCCAAUUCGGGCAGCAAUCAAUUCACCCCAAGAAACAAUACAAAAGAAACUCCGAAAGAUUGCGACCGACAUCGAGGCCAAACAGAGGCAAAUCAAAGAAGUCGAACACACGAUCUCGCUCAAGCAAAACAUCAUAAUUGAUUUGGUAAAGAAUAACGAUACCCGCACCACAGCAAAAAAUCGAUUCAACAAAAAGAAAGGCAAACUCGAAGGAGAAUACGAGAAGACCAAGAAACAACUUUCCAAAGCGGUGGUGAGUGGAAAGGAUAAGUCUGAGAUAGAUCGUUUGAAAGCCCUCACUUCGCACAUCGAACAAAGACUACAGGACUUGGCUUCGAUAAAACAUAUUGCAGGCGAGAGUGGUCAGAAGGUGAAGAAGCUCCAGCAAUCAGUUCAGGAUUCAAAGCGCUUUGUCGAUGAUCUGCAGAAGAAAAUGAAAAAGGAGAAGAAAAUCAAGGAACAGCUUGAGAAUGAAUUGAAAGCAAUAAAAGAGAAGGAGAAUACCAAGCAGAUUGCUACCGAAGAGAAGGGGAAACAUCUGAAGGACGUGCAAGCGAGAAUUUCCCACUUGGAUCAUGUACUUAAGGAGAAGUCGGAUAAUUUGGAGCAUUUUGGGGAAGGCGAAGAGAAAGAAUCCCUCCGCCAUGAAAUCAGAAACCUGCGGCGCACGAGAGACCACCUUCUGGAUCAGAGGUGCACCCUGGACAGAAAGUUAAAGAAAGAAAAAAUGCUCUCACACAAAGAAGAACGCAAACUUCUGGAGUGUGAUGAAGCCAUCGAAGCCAUAGACGCCGCAAUCGAGUUUAAAAACGAACUGAUUUGCGGCCGAAAGUCAAUUGACACCAGCGAAAGGUUGCAGCGAGAAAAGGGAGAGCAAAUGCUGAUGGCGAGACUGAAUAAACUCUCCCCAGAAGAAAUGCGCACCCUGCUGUAUAAGUACUUCACAAAAGUCAUAGAUCUUCGGGAUUCCAGUCGGAAGCUGGAGAUACAGUUGAUGAAUUUAGAGCGCGAAAAAGACGCCUGGGAGUGGAAGGAACGUGUCCUCAGCAACGCUGUCCGCCAGGCCAGACUAGAGGGCGAACGCAAUGCAGUCCUACUCCAGCGACAACACGAGACUAAACUCACUUUAAUGCUUCGCCAUUUGGCCGAGGAAACCAGUGCCAGUUCGAGUUUCAAUGAUCGCUUCAUACAUCCCGGCUCAACUGCGGCGGCUCUCGCCCACCAUCCCCACCAUCAUCAUCCCACGAGUCCCUCAAGUCCGUCCGCCUAUUCGGGCGAUUCGGAUUUCGAAAUGGACUUCUACAAAGCGGCCAACAAGAAUAUCCUCAAGCCGAAACAUGGUGACAUGGAGAUAUGCCCUCUGCCCGAUGCUCUGGCCAAAUACAAGCCAUUGGAUAAGAUCAAGGAAAAGGAGCGCGAAACAAAGAAUAAACUCUUUGCUAAAUUCCAAGUCCUCACAAGGUAUCACGCGGGUGGUACUAGUAAUAGUGCUGUUGCCGCUGCAAAUGCAGCAACUGAGAACAGUAAAAAGAAGUCACAAUCGGAACAGGCGGCCAUACCGCAAGAGAAUAUCAAACGUUUGUUAUCCGCUCCGCCAUCGACAAAGGUCACCCGACAGAAGAAUAAAAUUAUUAUUCAAGAUUCCUCAAGGAAGAAUUAAAUACAUUUUCUUUUAUAUAUAAACAAAACAAAACUAGAAAAGGAAUCUCAAUAUGCAUACGUAUUAAUCUCUGCUAAACAAAAUACUCAAAGGAAAAUAUAUUUAACAACAAAAAGAAAACAACUUUAAACAAACUGCUCAAAGAAAAUCAUUAUUGCUUUAAAAGAAGAACUGAAAAAUUAAAUGAUUAAUUAAAAAUAAAACAAAUUAAAUUAAAUUCAAUUUAAAUAAGUAAAUAUUAACUCGCAAAACAAAACAAAAUCCCUACUCCUUAUAAGGUUAGUAGAUUUAAAAUUUUAAAAUAAA